AUAACCUCAAACUUCGCCCUGGCGGAAGAUGGCCGUCGCGUGCCGAGCGGUGCUCCGAUUGUUUAUUACGAGUUUUUUUAGUUUUUACCUAACAAACCGUGACGAUUGACUGAAAACUAGUUGAAAAAGUGUACAAAGUUACUUAUAUAGUGAAAUAAGUGUGCUUUAGCGGUGUUUCGCGUAGAAUUUCACUUAUAAAGUGCGGCAACGAUAGUGCGAGUGAAGCUACUAGUUUUAAGUCAGUGUUUUUAUGGAAUGUUGUGAAUCGAAGUGGAUUGUGAGUUUAAAAGUGGAUCUUGGACUCGGAGCAGCAUUAUUCAUCGCUUAAGGUAAGUCGACUGAAGGAAAGUUGGGAGUUUUAACGAGGUCCCAAGAUUAGGAGGAGAUGCAACGAUGGUUCAAUAAAAUGUAGCAAAAAUCCUGCCGGGACACGAACGAUAUGGAAAACCUGCGCGCGCGCCCAAUUUCGGCUUCCUUCGGGAAGCAAGAUUCCUCGUGGAGGAGAGUGAAAGUGCCGAGUGUUCUGUGGUGUUUAGUGUUAGUGGUGUUGUUCGGUCAAUGUGCUGGUGGUAAGCCGAUGAGUGAAACCUUGCAGAGGGCGCUGUCGGCGGUUCGUGGACCCAGCCCUGGGGCGAAGAAGCUGCUCAAUAUCCCGGAAGAUGGAGCUGACCCCUUACCGGGCAAGCACGUGCCGCUGGAGAGCUAUGAGAGCGAAUUGGAGAAGGAACACGCUUUGCCCACGUCUGUGCCCAACGCCGACAUACUCAAGACCAACAGUAACCCCACUUAUCACAAGCCCAGACCACCACAACACCACGGCGCGUCCCUACUGGCGGGAGUGGGGGGAGGGGCUGUGCCCUCAUACGCUCCCCCCGGCCGCGCCUUCUUCACCCCCCCUCUACCACCGGAGUACAGAAACCCAUUCGCUGACAAGCCUACACUUAGAGGCACAAACACGGAUGGCAAUAACUACCUCAACCGGCGACCCAUCCCGCCGCCGUCCCUCGGCCCGGGCCACGAGAGGAUCCCGAUUCGACCUCCUGGACAGGAGACGUCCUCACCUCAAGUGCCGGCGCCGCCCCCCGCACCACCGCUGCCCCCCGCAGGCAUCGAGCCACAGAAGAAAAAAGCACUCAACACCCCAAGUCACAAGCCUGAGGAAUUGGACGAUGUGAAGCACGGGACUGAUCAAACGAACUUCACUGUACCACAUUCGUUGAAUAUCCCGACUAUAUCGAGGAUACUAUCUGGUUCCAACGGCAGGAAAGAGGACAUACCUGACGUGUUGCUUAGGACUGUCACAGCAAAGCCUCAGCACAAUCAAGAAAGAACAUCAAAAAGUGACAUUUUUGUCACUAAAGACGUUGGGGUCACACUCAGUGACACGAGUAGAGAUAUUUCCACUGAAGGGUCAGUUUUAGCUGUGUUAGACCCUGAAAUGAAUAAUUUAGAUAGACCCCUUAUAGUAGAUCAAAAUGGUGAAACGAAUACGAGAAGAAAUCUCCAAUAUUCUACUAAUAAAGAAAAUAAAAAUGAUAGCGGUAGAGAUGACGGAUACACGCCGGCGACCACAAUCGGUUUCGAGUUACGAGACCCAGAAAUGUCGACGGAGAGAUAUCACAAUUUAGCGAACGUAAAUUCUGAUAAGAAGAUCUUGAAACAGGAUCCCAAGAAUAACGGCCCUGUCCAGAGGCCCGGCGUUAGCUGGCCGUUCGCAUGGAACGUUCACAUUUAUUUAGCAACAGUUAUGUUCACAAUUUUAGCAGUAUAUUCUAUAUUUAAGAUAUUUUUCUACAAUAGGUUCACGCAUCUGUUUACGCAGUACUAUUUCAUAAUAUUGCAUUUGAUCUUAGUGUCAGUAUGCUUGAUGAGGAUCUUCUAUAUGUGUUACGAUCCUUAUAAUAUUAAUAGCUCGUUGCCAAUAUUCUUCAAUGAGAUACUGCUUCAUGUGCCAGACAUUUUCUUAAGCAUAGCGUUCGCUAGCACUACAUUGUUCCUUCUAACCACUAGCAUUAACUUUAAGAAUACGUGUUGCUCCUUCUUGUUCCGUGCUAGAACAAUCAUAGUGGGAGGCAUACUCCACAUUUUAUCGUGUUUAAUGUUGCAUAUCUUUGAAAAUAGUAAUACAAUUUAUAGGACUCCCAACGGGGUCGAAAAAAGGGUAUUAGGUCUAACUUGUCAAAUAAUAUUUAUCAUGGCAUGCCUAACUUUGGGGCUGUGCUACCUUUAUGUAUAUAAAAUGCUCAAGUCUGUUCUUAAGAAAAAGAGUCACACAUAUGUGAAUGGCUUCCAGAAUUUGUAUCAAGCUAUACAGAUAAAUUUGGCCACAGCGUUGCUGUUCAUUUUAAUGGCAAUAUUGCAAAUAUUCGGCAUAUUCGGUAUAAACCAAGUGAACAUGGCAAAAUUAGAUUGGUUGCAGUGGGGAUACCAAUCGGCGCUAAGGUUUAUAGAGAUCACGAUUAUAGCUCUGAUAUCAUGGGUUAUCAGUUUGAAGGUCAGCAUUGUAGCUUCUUUGCAACAAGAAAAAGCUGACGGUAACAAAUUGUCUGGUUUAGGUCUGUUCCCUUGUGCAGCUGGCUCUAGUAAUGACCAAUUCGAAUCCGACUAUCCAACGAUAUGCAGCACUAAUACAAAUCUUCACACAUACACACACAGAACAGGAAAGCCUAUUUAUGAAAGCGCUGGUCACCAUCCCGCAAUGCCUGACCAAUGCUGUGCCCCAAUAGACCAUCAGAGAUUCCAACUGAAUACACUGACUGGAAACUGUGACAAUAAUUCUGGCACCGAAAAUUAUUCUGCUCACAGUUCGAUAGCAAAUGCUGGUCACAGCAGUUCCACCACGGAAUCUAGUAACGCCACAUCCAGCCAAGGCGUGACCAAUCAUUUGAUCAAACAUCAUCCAAACAUGGUUGGAUAUAAUGGUAUAGAAUCUGUUUCAGAUGAUCAUUAUUCCAAUUGUGAUCUAGCUAUUCAGUCACUUCAGGGUGAUGAUCCGAUGGAUCACGAAUAUAAUGUCAUACAAUAUCCCAGUAACAGUGAUUUUAUAAGAGACAUCAAGAACCAAAAUUACAAUGGUGGUUCUAACCGUAGUUCACAUAAUUUCAAACACAUGUCGUACGACAGGGUAUCUUCUAGAACAAAUAGCAACCCACGAAAGAAGCAUAGAGCAAAGAAUAAAAUACCACAAAAUUGCAUGACAUUGGGUUACGAUGGUUCAGUGGAACAUCAUUACCAUCAGCCACAUUUGCCUGAUGAAUAUGGCAAUUAUAACACCGAAAAUGCAUCCUACCAUGCUUCUGGUAUCCAAACUUUGAAUCCUAACAGAAGCUUCGGUCCUUGUCAGCAAGUGAGGAACUCACAGCGACGGAAUUCCCCUUCUACUUCAAUGGUCAAUUCUAGUGGUAGUCAAAAACGCGGCAAAGGCAACGGAUUCCCAGACCGGCCUAAGUCUACGGACUUGUACGGGUUUACUGAAGACCCUAAUGAUAGGAAUUACCCUACAGCACUCGCCACGCCACAACCUGCUCCAAGGAACUGUGGCUACGAGGCGUCAUAUUCACAACCUCAGGACGAGGUGAACCCUGAAACAGAUGGGAACAGUAUGUUGGUUGCUCAAGAUGGUUUUUUAAGAUUUCGACCCUUAGAAGAUGAUCCCUCGCAGACUUGAUUCACUAUAACACUGUCACACGCGGCAGAAAACCUUAGCUUUUGAUAAUAAAGGCACGAUUGCUAUACGAGCAAUUAUUUUGGCCUUACAAUACGUAACAUGACUAUGCUUUCGACGAUGCACGUCUAAUCAUGUAUAUUGUAAAAUGUAUAGUUAGGAAUAAACACGAUAUUUAAGAAUAUUAUCAUAACGACCUCGUGUACAUAGCCACAGUUAGUUUUUAGUGUGUAAAAAUAAGUGUCGCCGUCUUGUUAUAACGCCAUUUAAUUUGAAAAGUAAAUGAGACUAAAUAUUAACAUUGAUAAGCACUAAAUGUCGUUUAAAUAGCUUGUAACGAUAUCAAGUUAUUGUAACAAAAUAUAGCUUUAGAUCUGAGUCUGGAAUUUUGCCAGAUACAUCUGGAGUUGCCAAAAUCAUGAAAUAGAAGAAUAUAGUUAUUGUAACAUUGGACUGUUAUCUUAAUAAAAUAUGUAUCGGACAAAUGUAAAAUAUUAGGUUAAACGCAAUUCCCAUUUGUCAUCAUACUCAUCAUGUAAAUGUUCAUUUUGUGUAUAUUGACGACAAAUUUUUACUGAGAAAAAUAUUUCAAAUUCAUCUAUUAUUAUAUAACAAAGGGAUUGCAAUUUCAAAAUGGAAAUAACAGUUUUAAAUCUAAGCUUAACAUGAAGUUGACGGUCUCAUCAUGAAUAUUGCCAUUUAUAAUAUAGAUAUAGUAUCCACAUCAUGUUAAAUAUAAAAUAUUAUUAUUCAAUAUAUUUAAUAUGUUAACGACUUAACUGUAUGUGAUAUCUAUAUAAUGAUUUUGUUUGAAACAAAUCUGUCCAUAUGUAAUUUAAGGUAAUAUCAAAUUUAAAUAAGCAUUGUUUCACUGAGCCUAAUUUACUUUCAGAUAAAAAAUAACAUACAAACGAUUGAAGAAUAUAAAAAGAAUAUUUAUUACUAAUGUUGUGUUUAUAGAAAGUUAAUUUGUCUACAAGAAAUCAACGAGUAAUUUGUCAUUUUAAACAAUUUCAUCUUAGGGAUAACUUAAAGUAAUUUUAUUGCAACAUAUCUGUUGCAAACACUAUUUGUUCGUGUCAUACAUUAUUAUAGAACUGAUGUAGAAUACUGCUUGAAGUCCUAUACAGCGUUACCACUGUAAUUAACUGUAAUUUGUAUGUUAACACAAAAAUAAUUUCGUUUAAAAGCAUUUUCUGCCUAGUCAAUAUCAUCAUGACACAAAGCCAUUUCUUUUUAUACGAUUCCAUUAUUUUUGAAUAAUAAUUUGCACAGAUAAUGUUUAAGAUACCAAUGGUAUGUCAGACGAAUGUAAAUUUUUUGAUAUUUCCAGAUUUAAACUAAACUAAGAUUGCCAUUUACAAAUGACCUAUAAUGAGUUUUGACAUAUGUUUUUCACACUUUAUUCUAGAGAUAUCCAAUUUUGAUUAUAGUAACUAUCAAAUCAACAGAAUUAUAUAAUUGUAAGUUAAGUUAUAUUUCAUGUACAACAUUGUUAUAUAAAUCAUAAGAUAAUAAAUGUUGGCACUAAACAAUAGAUAGAAAAUAAAAAUAAUUGUAUAAAAGUUAGUGGAAUAAUAAGAAUAUUUAUAAUACAAAAAUAUACCGUAAUUGUUCGGAAAUUAUGUGUGAUUUCAUUUUUGUGGCGUUGUUAAAGGAAUCUGUCCUAAAAAUGUAAAUAAAUUAUUCCUCUAUGUAUGGAUGCCACUUUUUUAAAUUUAUUUUUUAAACCUUUUAAGACUGUACAUAUUAUGGGAUACUGUUAUGUACCCAGUUUAAAAGAACGUAUGCGUUCAAUUCGUUGUAAAUUAUAAUUUUUUUUAAUAUUUCCAAGACUGUAUGAUUUAACAAAUGAAAUUGACACCUACAUAUAAAUAAAAAAAACUGUAUUAAA